CGUAUGUCGCGCGACACCCUGUUGCUGUUGCUGCCGGGGCAGAAAAAAAACAACAGUCUUCUGUUUGUUUUUUUAUUUGUUUGUUUGUCAUCUAUGUUUUAUGAUUGUACAUUUCUUGUAAUUACGUAGGACAUCAAAGGUCACAGCGUGGCAACAGAAAAACGCUGCUUUUGGAAGUCAGAAAUAAAAUAAAGAAAACAGACCUAAGAAAAAGGUACAGCUAGUUAGCCAGCUAACGUUAGCUAGCUGGCUAGCUAGAGAUUGAUUCCAAAUAUUUAAAACGACGUCGUCGUUAAAACAAUCGUUUUCAGUAACUAGAUAGAUAGCUUGCAGUCUAGUCAGAUUUGUAUUGAUCCUACGGAUUAUGUGUUUCUUUUGAAAUAGGUUAAAGUUUUGUAACGGUGUUUUUAUUAUUUAAUUUAACGUUAUAUUUAAAGGGUUUGCGCUUAAAAAAAUGGGCUCAAUACUCAGCCGGAGAAUUGCUGGGGUUGAGGAUAUUGAUAUCCAAGCCAAUUCAGCGUACAGAUACCCUCCUAAAUCCGGAAACUAUUUUGCCAGUCACUUUUUCAUGGGAGGGGAAAAGUUUGACACUCCACACCCCGAGGGAUACUUGUUUGGAGAAAACAUGGAUCUGAACUUCCUUGGGAACAGGCCUGUGCAGUUCCCUUACGUGACGCCCGCUCCACACGAGGCCGUGAAGACCCUGAGGAGUCUGGUCAACAUCAGGAAGGACUCCCUGCGCCUCGUCAGAUAUAAGGAUGAUGCUGACAGCCCUACAGAGGAAGGAGGGAAGCCCAGAGUGCUGUACAGUGUGGAGUUCACCUUCGAUGCCGACGCCCGUGUGGCCAUCACCAUAUACUGCCAAGCCUUUGAGGAAUUCACCAAUGGAAUGGCACUGUACAACCCCAAGAAUCCCACGAUGGUAUCAGAGACGGUGCACUACAAGAGAGGAGUGAGCCAGCAGUUCUCUCUCCCGUCCUUCAAAAUCGAUUUCUCCGAGUGGAAGGAGGAGGAGCUGAACUUUGAUCUCGACAGAGGAGUCUUCCCCAUGGUGAUCCAGGCUGUGGUGGAUGAAGGGGAUGAAGUCACGGGGCAUGCUCAUGUACUACUGGCGGCCUUUGAAAGACAUGUGGAUGGCAGUUUCUCUGUGAAGCCUUUAAAGCAGAAGCAGAUAGUGGACCGUGUGAGCUACCUGCUCCAGGAGAUCUACGGGAUUGAAAACAAGAACAACCAAGAAACAAAGCCGUCGGACGAUGAGAACAGCGACAACAGCAACGAGUGCGUGGUGUGCCUCUCCGACCUGCGAGACACCCUCAUUCUGCCAUGCCGGCACCUGUGCCUGUGCAACUCCUGCGCAGACACACUGCGCUACCAGGCCAACAACUGCCCCAUCUGCAGACUGCCUUUCCGAGCCCUGCUCCAGAUCCGCGCCGUGAGGAAGAAGCCCGGGGCUCUCUCCCCCGUGUCCUUCAGCCCCGUCCUGGCUCAGACCAUGGAGCACGACGACCACUCGACCUCGGACAACAUCCCCCCGGGCUUUGAGCCCAUCUCCCUGCUGGAGGCCCUGAACGGCCUGCGCUCGGUGUCCCCUGCCAUCCCCUCCGCUCCCCUUUAUGAUGAGAUCAACUUCUCGGGGGGCAUCGGGGACCCCCUGCCCCUGUCCGGCCGGCCGCUGGGCUCAGCCGAGCGCUCUGGGGACGCCGGGCUGCAGAAGGGGAAGGUCAGCAAGUCGCCCGACAGCACCCUGAGGUCCCCGUCGUCCCCCAUCCAAGAGGAGGAUGAGGAGAAGCUGUCGGAGGUCUCUGAUGCACAGCCUCACGCCCUGCUGUCCAGCAGCCUCGCUUCAACUGAGGCUACAGCAGCUGAAGAAGCACCAGAGUCGGUCACUCCUGAUGAAGAGGACCGGCCGCGCUCGGUGACGGAGAUCCUGCAGGACUGCAGCAGUGAGCACAGCUGCCUGACCAAGAGCGACAGCGACCCCCCCGUGGAGCUGUCUCUGCCAGCCCUGGGCCCUGACUCCUGCUCUAUCGGUAUUGAGGAGUAACUCCGGGUCUUCAGAGUCCACAGAGAGUCUGAAGAGCCAGAGCACCAACAGCUCCAGCCAGCCCCUCCUGUGUCCCCCCAGCAGCCUGCACAUCGAGGACGGGCAGCUCACCCCAUAGACCGCUCAUUUCUGCCCCCACCCGUCCCACAGCCCCCUCCAGCACCCCGGCCUCGCACGGAGCAGCGCGGGACACGGCAGCACCGCUCCUUCCUCACCGCAGGGGACCGGGCGGCCAUCUUAGACCCCCUGCGUUCUGGUCCCAGCGGCUCAAACGAAAGGCAGACUUGUCUGCUUCCCCCUUUGGAAGCAGGGGUUAGUCUCCCAUGAUGCCCAGCUCCUUUUAGGCUUUAACUGCUUCUAAAGUAGCGGUGGUUUCCCCGUCUCUGUCCUACCAUUGGCCAUUGUCUUUGAGGUAGUCCGCACGUUUGGGUCCAAUCUGCGCCCUGAAGUUGUCCUAACUCUAAAGUGAGAACCAGCACAAACCACAUGAUCGACAUGUUUGACUACACCGCUAUAUGAAAGCACAACGCGUGCACAUAUUGUCAGUUCUAAGCGAGCAGGAUUAACUAGCCGCUGGAUAACAAUGCUAACCAUGCUCACUCAUUUUGUUAUUGUUGUUAAACUGUCGUUUGGAUAUUAUAUAAUGUGCUUGCGAAACCCUGGAUGAAGUUGUCUUUGUGAUAUUUUAAUCUGGGUGGUGACCCCAUUACAAACUCCUGUACUAUAGUUCUUUGAAGUAAUUAUGCAAAUAUAAUAUUGCUUGAAUUUAACUAUGAACUGACUUCAUUUAAACUCAGUCAAGGCUGUUAUUCCUCAUUGUCUGAGGUGACUGGAGAAUUGCUGACCCACACCAUUGAUUUUCAUUUUUUUGAUUGAAAGAAACAUUUUUAAAUAACACUAGGUUACUGAAAAUGCCAGUCUCUCUGGUGUAAUGUGCCAGUAAGUUUAGUCGGUCUGUCUUUUUUCCUCUUGUGAUUAUGAAUUAAGUAGCAGUCACUACAUAACUUUAAAAUGUUUCCGACCAAUUAGUAGCUUUUGGUCACGGCAACAUCUUGGUUGCAGAGAGGAGACGGUCUGGUUUUAUGUCACAGAAUGACUUUUAUUUUCAAAGAAGCGACUUCGCUCUAUGCAUUGCUCAAACUCACUUGCUGGUUGAACUGUAAUUUUCGAUUAAUUGGGUGGACAUUAAGUCAUGACCUUUUUUCCUGUCACACAGCUCUACUUGAACCAUAAACAGCUCAGUAUGUAAUACCUAUACAUGCAGUGACGGUGGGUCCAGCACUGCUCCAGCUGCUAAUUACAGACUCUGAAGAUUACAGUGCUUACAGUACGGUGUACUACACGUAAAUAUAACCGAUGACUAGUAUGUGUUGUAAAAAGCUGUGAUCCACCCAGUUAACCAGUUUUACAGUUUGUGGUGACCAAGGCAUUGUUUCAGAAGUUGGGACACGCUACCACAUUUAGAAUGAAUCAAAGCGAAGAUGAACACUAAUGAACUCUGAUGAGUUUUGUCAGAAUGGGAUGGGUGUGUUUCAAAUUUGCAUUUGCUCCCAGUUAAAGACUGAAAAGUGUUUAAAAGCAUAUGCAGGUGGUUGGGGAACCAGGGGGUUUGCCUUGCCCCGCCCGCUGCUUAAAACUGGCCGCGGGUCAUUCUCUGCCCUGUGGUGAUGUGUAAUAUGAAACACUCGCUCUGCCGCCCUCGCCCCUGUCCGCCACGCACGCCUCGACUGUUGCAGUGUCAGCCGUCCUCGCUCCCGUUACCGUGGCAUUGUGUCAAUAGCUGUAUCCGUGCCUUUAAAUUUAAGCUAAAUUGGCUGAUGGUUGUUUUGUGCUUCUCCGCUUUCGUUGAAAAGUAAGACGACAUGUUCAAAAGAUGUAAAGCUGCCUGAACCCUAGCCUUUUGCGAAAGGCCUCUUGUCCAAGGUUUAUUCUUUUUUUUUGCCUAGUCCAGUAAUAUCUACCGAUGCGUUAUGCUGAUUUAUAUUGAGGCUGCCUUCUGUUAAACUUCUGUGUAAAAUAUCUACGAAUACAUUGUAUCAGAGAACUAUAUAGUCCAACAUAAAUAAUGGUCGCAAAAAAUGUGUUCUGUUCGUGGAUGUUCCUGGAUAGUCCAUAGCCGUGAUAGUUACUCGGAUUGAGCGGAACAGUAGUCAGUAGUCCUGAGUCCUCUUCUUUCUGUCUGCCUUUUGCUAGCACUUCUGGACCAUUCAUAUCGGAAAAAAAAAGGAAAUCUUAAAAUGUUGUAAAUAGAUAUGUGAACUUUUUUUAACCAAAAAAAGGGGGCACAAGCAAAGCAUAACUUCUAUGUAGAAGGUGGAGAUGGUUAAUGAAGGAGCUCUCCCAAACGAAUGGACCUCACACCUCCACUUUUACACAAGCUUGUCAUUUGUAAGCGAACGAAAGAACCAGUGAUCUGUGCAUAUUUUACUAUCUCCAAUAAUCUUUAUUUCUGCUUCCACGGUAAUCUAUUUGAGAGCUAUCAGCUAUCUAUCACUCUGCAUGUGAACUUUAGGAGGUGCAUAUUCAUCAUUUCAAUGUAGUAGCGUAGUAGUGCCUUUUUAUGUUAAACAGUACAAUGCAGUGUUGGAUCAUUCAUGGUUCGUGUGUGCAACACGUGGAAAAGUACAUGAAAUAUACAUGUUUUUUAAUGAAGACAUAUUCAAUUCAGUAUUUUUUUAUUGAAAGUUGGCUGAAGUAACAGGAACAGUCCUGCUUAUUUGCAGACUAAGCACUUGUUACAGUUCUUUUCACUGAUGGCCACAUAUAUUUAAAGUUCGACUACACAGGAGGUGUUGUGUCGGUGUAAAAGCAAAAAUCUUUUGGUUCCCCUGCAGUCAUUUUUAAUGGGUUUAGUGGUUUUACUCGGUGGGAGUUUGUGGAGGAGUGGUUCAAAUUACCCGUAUUUGUUACUUGGAAGAAGAAAAAAGAAUUGAGGAUAUUUCCUUUGUCAUUUGUAAUAUUGUACAUAUAUGCAGUAUGAUUCAACCAGAAAACUGAUUUUUGAAAAAUUAGAGGAGGAAAAAACCUUUAAGUACAUUACUGUAUGUGCACAUUGUGAUUUGGACUUCUUAUGUUGUGCAUUCAUCUAUUAUGCUUUCUUUGUUAAAAAAAAAACCUGAUGUCCUUAUAAUACUUAUUGAUUUGCUCGUACGGUUUCUUAAUUGUUCAUGAAAAUGACCCUCUCUGGAGUUUCAGAUUUUUAGGCAUAAUGUUUGAUUAUCCUUUCCUUGAUGAGUCCACCUUGCAUUGCAGUAGCUUGGAAAACCAAAAAGAGGAACUAUGUGAUUCUAGUGUGAACUGUGAAACACACAAAUAGAGAUUCAAAUUUAUUUCACACAGUGUUUGAGUAUGCAUCACAUUCAGAAUGUAAAAUAAAUAUUCUGAAAUAAUGGAAAAUAUGGAUAAUCAAUAUGGUUACCUUAAAUCUGUUCAGCUCCAAACCAUAACUGUUUUCUAAACAAUUUGUUUUGUUCAGUUUCUAAAAUUAUAAUAAAGAAAUAUACACUAA